AUGGGUAGAUUGUGUGUACUCAAUGUUGAAGUUCUUAAAAGGGAGAUAACGGAGGAAGCACAAAAUUCAGCAUAUGCCAUGCAUCCGGGGAGCACUAAAAUGUACCACACAUUGAAGGAUAAUUAUUGGCGUCCGGGAAUGAAGAAGAAUAUUGUAGAGUUUGUGAAUAAAUGUUUGGUGUGCCAACAAGUUAAUGCAGAACACCAACAUCCGGCAGGAAUAUUAUUGACCAAGUCAGCUCAAUGUUUGCCUGAAAAUGUGAAUUACUCAUUGGAUAAACUUGCUGAAACCUACAUUCAGGAGGUAGUUAGAUUACAUGGUGUUCCUUUUUCUAUUGUAUCAGAUAUGGAUCCAAUGUUUACAUCCAGCAGAGGACUUUCACCACGAGUGUACAGCAUUGGGGUACAUUUGGGUUUAUGGACUGAGGAGGAUACAGCUGGAGAGGUUUAUAGUCGCUCACUCAAAGAGGAGCAACCUGUCCCACGAGCCCCUGGUACGCAAGAUGUUCCACCCCCUUCUUCUGAUAUUCCAGAGUCUUCUUCCAGACCAUCUAUUUUAGCUCCUUCUAGGUCUUCAUCAGCUCUUUUAGGAGUCUCUCCAAUUGAAGCUUGUAGAGCCGCAAUUACGCGAGGUUGGCGUAGGAGCGCACAGAGAUUUCAUUCGACAAGAGGCUUUUCAAGCAGGACCUUUACGCCAGCUGAGUUUUAG